CUCGCGCUGGACGCUGGAAGCGAGGGAGCCACGAAUCUCUAACACAAUACAGACACUGAACACUGUUAACACGUAAAAACGUUAAGCAUGAGGAACAGGCGGGGAUUUGAGCGCUUGAGGCGGUGAAGGAGCGUUUCGAGGCGGGUGAGUGGCGGACUGAGCGUUUCUCCUCCUCCUCCUGCAGCGCGCGCUGAGUGGAAUGAGCUGCUGUCCGCCUCCGCCGCUUCCACUACAGCAUGGGCAGCGCCGUGGCCAAGAGGAAGAGUCUUAGGAGUGAUGCCAUUUCUUCCGUCGCCGCCAAAGUCAGAGCAGCUCGAGCAUUUGGAGAAUACCUGUCCCACACACACCCUGAGAACCGCAACGGAUCAGAUCACCUGCUGUCUGACACCUUCAUUGGCCAGGACGCAGAGUCCCCAGACAUCAGCCGCUUGCACAACAAUAACCACCUGCACCCGUACCCCAGAGCAGCUUCAGUAGCCAAGCCCAGCCAAGAGCAGCUUCAGCCGGGCAGCCUGCCCGUGCCGGCCCCCACCAGCUCCAAGCGCCGGCUCUCUGUCGAGCGUAGCCUGUCGUCUGAGGACCAGCCACAACAGCUCCAGCAGCCCCAGCAGCAGCAGCCGCGGUGCGCGGAAGGUUCCGUGAAACCGGCACGAGUCUACACCAUCACCAGAGAGGGCGGCAUGCUGGCCGGGAGGGGGAGUGAGGAGAGCCUGGAGCUCGAGGUCCUGAAGGGGGCCACAGAGCAGCCGAGACCUGCUGGCCCAACACAGGCACCAUGCAGCACAUCAGCACGUGGAAGCCAUCAUAAGGGAAGCCAUCACCGUGGCAAUGCCCACCACAACUAUGGCCAUGCCCCACCUCACUCGCAGCCCCUGCAGAGCUCGGGCAGCGCCCACAACAUCCGGGACUGGGGCUCCAGAAGGAGUGGCUCAAGGGAGGAGUACUGCACCCCGGACUGUACGGCCUGCGUGCGGCCACCCUGCCGCAGCCAGCGUUCGCUGGACCUGGAGACGUCGCCCCGUGAUGGGGGCAAACACCGCAAGAAGCUGGAGAGGAUGUACAGCGAGGACCGGGUGUGUGCAGAGGAGCGAGAAGAGCAGGCCAACAACUGGUUCCCCAAAGAGAACAUGUUCAGCUUCCAGACUGCAACCACCACAAUGCAAGCAAUAUCGGCUUUCCGCGGCAUCGCCGAGAGAAAGCGGAGGAAAAGAGAGCAGGAGGCCACCGCUCUGAUGGAGAGAAACUUCCGGAAGCAUCUGAGGAUGGUGGGCAGCAGGAGGAUGAAGGCCCAGACAUUCGCCGAUCGCAAAACGAAGAGCUUCAGCCGCUCCUGGAGUGAUCCCACCCCCAUCAAGCCUGAUCCACUGCACGACUCCAGAGACAGUGGGGACCUGCAGGCGUCCUCUGGCACACUGGACAAAGUAGAGUAUGAUGAUGUGGACUGGGAGGAAGAGAAAGAGCUUGAGCGAUUAGCCUGUGAGGGCGAUGACUUCAUACCUCCAAAAAUCAUGCUGAUAUCGUCCAAGGUUCCGAAGGCGGAGUAUGUGCCCAACAUCAUACGCAGGAACGACCCCUCCAUCAUCCCUAUCCUCUAUGACCACGAGCACGCUACCUUUGAUGAUAUACUGGAGGAAAUCGAGAAGAAACUAACCGCCUACAGAAAAGGCUGCAAAAUCUGGAACAUGCUUAUUUACUGUCAGGGUGGGCCUGGACACCUCUAUCUGCUGAAGAACAAAGUGGCUACUUUUGCUAAAGUAGAGAAAGAGGAGGACAUGAUACAGUUCUGGAAGAAACUGGCCCGGCUGAUGAGUCUGCUGAACCCUGAGCCCAAUCUCAUUCACAUUAUGGGCUGUUAUGUGCUGGGCAAUGCUAACGGAGAGAAGCUGUUUCAGAACCUCAAGCGGCUGAUGAGACCAUACGCUGUCGAAUUUAAGAGUCCGCUGGAACUCUCUGCGCAGGGGAAGGAGAUGAUCGAGAUGUACUUUGACUUCCGCCUGUUCCGCCUGUGGAAGAGCCGGCAGCACUCCAAACUGCUAGACUACGAUGACCUUUUGUGACUCAGCGUCCCCUUCUUUAGGCAGCCCGAGAGAGGCGUGUAGCUCCUUUUAGAGCCCACCCUGGCCACGUUCCCCUCUAGAGCCUUGGCCCAUACGCUCUGAGCUAGAGUAGAGGGAGGAAGAUGGUGAGGAAGGAGGGAUGAAGAUGGCCGACGUCAUGUGGCUGAUUGAAUCCUCCACUCUCAGAUGCAGAUGAAGGCAGGAGAUUGGAUUCGGCCAUGGCUGUAAGGUGCUGUUUGUGUACCCCAUCCAUUUUGAACCGUCAUUGGCCAAGACGUCAACAAGGCGUCGUUUAUCUGUGGCAAAUGAGAGACGGAAUGCGGGAACCUUGGAGAAGAAGCGAUCUAAUAGAAACGGAAUUUUGAUGGGACGUCCUUAGAAAGUACCAUUUUAUUGAGUAGCUGUGUUUGUAGUGAACUGACCGGGACUACCUGGAGUCUUUUCAAGUCUUCGAGUCUUCUUUAGAAACUCAAUAUUUACAAUAUUUACAUGUUCUUUAUCAGGAGUGAC